AUGGCAGCAGCGACUAGACAUUUGGCAACAAUAACAAUGACCGACACAUCCCCUCUGUUUUUCUACGGAACGGGCAAAAAGUAUGGCGAAUUCAGCCAAUGGUACGACGCAAAAUUCACCGUUCUCAAAAGCGAAAUAUACUCGGCCGUCGGCUUGCCUACAAAUAAGCUUGAGCGACCCGACGACCCAAUCAACUUCAUGACUGCUGAGCAGUGCAUGAUGUAUUGCAAAGCCAUGCGCUUCGGUGACUUGGGAACCGCGGACAAGAUCCUCCUCUCUCCAGAGCCGAGGAAGCAGAAGGCCCUUGGGAGGCAGGUAAAGGGUUUUACGGAAGCAGGAUGGGAUGCCGUCAAAUUUGAGGUGGUGCAGCUUGCGAACGUGGCUAAAUUUAGCCAGAAUGAGGAGCUUCGGGCCAUUUUGCUGGGAACGGGAGAUAGAGAGCUAGUGGAGGCGGCGACGAAUGAUCGCAUCUGGGGCAUUGGGAUGGAUGAGAAGCAGGGACGUGCUACGAUAGAUACCCGCGAGAAUUGGGGUCAUAAUCUCCUUGGAAAAGCUUUGGUUGACCUGUGUCAUCAAUGUUCAAAUAUUGGUAUUUAUGAGCUAUUAAACAGAAAGCUUGAUAGAAGUUAUAGCUCGUUCGUCAUGAAUCUUGGCCAAAUUUCGGCGUUGAAAACAUCAUCAUACCGUUUGUGUCGCAGUUUUGCGAGUCUCGCUCCUUGCAGCCCACCCGCCAAAUGGAAAUUUGACCCUUUAGCAUCUAGACGAGCAUCGAGGCUAUGGGAAGAUAAUUAUUUUCAUUUGCGAAUCUUCAGUGGGAGCAAGGUCAUCACUGGAGAUACCCACCGAUUGGGCAUGGGCGAAACCAACGUUUUGGGUGUCGCCCCGUCAAAAUCCUCACCACGAAUUCUCGAUUAUCGGACUUUCGCCGCCAUGAGGGAUGCUUGCGACCAAAUAGGUUUCCUUUGCGAAGACCUUGAAAGACCAACGAGCUGGAUUUCCUACUGCCAAGAUAACCACAAGACGCGGUGUUUGGCGAGAACCUCCUCGAAACUUCGAUCCUUUCGUGUUUUUGAUUGUAAUAGUCGUCAAGUAGUUGAUGCGCCUCCAGACUGCCGCUAUGUGGCUUUAUCUUAUGUGUGGGGGAAGACCAAUGGUCUCACAUCAUCUGCGCCUAAAGCAUCAUCGGGGGCUAAUGGUAGCCGUUUCGAGAAAGUCAUUGAAGAUAGUAUCACGUUUCUCUGGAUCGAUAGGAUUUGUAUUGACCAUUCCAAUCACGACGAUACGCUUCACCAAAUCCGUCAGAUGGAGCUCAUUUACGCCAAUUCUGACAUCACGAUUAUUGCAGCUGCAUGCAAUACUCCGGAUGAAGGCCUUCCGGGAAUUAAUGGGACCCCGAGAGCGAACCAACAAACAUUGAGAUUCAAGACCAAAACCCUCAUCUCUACAUACCAAGUGGAAGAGAAGUCCAGAUGGUACACCCGAGGUUGGACCUUCCAAGAAGGUAUUCUGUCCACGAAGCGACUCAUCUUCACAAAGACUCAAGUAAUUUUUGACUGUAACGGGAUGCAUUGCAGCGAGGCAGUAGAUCUGCCAUUGGAUGAAUUGCACGUCUCCAAUAAGCGCAAGUUCGACAGUUUUGCAUACCGUGGCGGUCAUUUAGAGAUAAAAGCACCCCAAUCCGACACAAAAGGUUAUAUGAACUUUGUUCGAAGCUUUUCUACGAAGGAGCUUACAUACGCAUACGAUACGUUAAAUGCGUUCCGGGGGAUUCUCAAUGCUUUCAAGAGGGCCCAAAUCCCCAUCUAUCACUUUUGGGGCAUACCACUCUUUCUAAGUGACAAUAGCUUGACGCGCACUACUGGCUAG